CCCGCUCUGCUGCGCUGCUCUGCAGUGGCUGCUGGCGGAGAACACUGCGGCCGCGGCGCUGAAGAGCCAGGAUGUGUCGGCAGUGCGAGGCCUGGCCCCACGUGGAGGCGAGGUGCAGCUGCUCGUCCGAGAGGUGGCCGUGAACAAUCUCUGCCCAGCGGGCCCUAUCCAGGCCGUGGAGAUCCUGAUCCAGAGCCCUUCUCUGGCAGAGAUGUGCAGAGUGCAUCAAGCCGUGAUCCGGCGCAUCCAGACUCUGGUGCUGGAGCAGGCGGCCCAGGGCUCCGGUCCCCCUGACCUCCGCAUGCAGUAUCUGUGCCAGAUCCAAGCCAAUCACGAGAUGCUGCUAAAGGACGUGCAGUCCCUGCGGGACCGUCUGUGCCUCGGGGACGACGCCAGUGCCACGGCGGAAAAGCUCCUGCACGUCUACAGGCAGCUGCGCAACCCCAGCCUCAUCCUGCUGUGAGCAUGGGGCCGGCCUGAGACGCUGGGGCCAGCGCGCUCCACGCUGGGCUCCAGGCAGCGCUCGCUUGGGCAGAGCCAGGCGUGCUCGUUAACCCAGCCAGGACUGGGGAGAGGAUUUGGGGAGGGGGGAGGCAGUGCAAGUCCCCUCCCCGAGUGGGGAGCCCGAGGCUGAGAUCAGGGGUUGUGUGUGUGUGUGUGUUGUGGAUGUGUUUUAAGCAGCGUGGGGGGUUCCCAGGGCUCCAGACGCCUGCCCACCCCUCACAGAGUACCUGGCCGAGGCGGGAGUGUCGCUGAGCUGUGUUGUGUGUGGCUGGCAGCCAGAGUAGGUGGCGUGUUUGGGGUUGUACUCGACGUGCUCGUUUAGCUUCUGUCUCGUGCCAAUGGCCGUGACUUUGCUGUGCACAGCGGUGGGAGCCGGCUCCCUGGCCGGGCACUCGGAUCUUCGCAGGGAAUGAUCCGCAUGGUGCUUUCCGGCUGGCUCCCCCCCUCCUCCAGAAAGGGCUAUGCCUCCCUACAGCGUCUCGCUUUCAGGGUGCCUGACGGGCUCACCGGGUUCCCACCCCCAACCUGCGGGGCCCCUUUUCAUUUCUAAAAAGGCUCUGCCGCGUGUCUCCGUGGGGCAGGUUCGUCCUGCUCGCCGUGCUGUGGCAAGCCAGCACGUCCCAGUGUUUGUAAAUCUGUCGUGUGCCAUUGAAAACGACCCUUUGCCGCUCA